UCCUCCAGCGGCGAGUCAUACGUUGAUUUAGGCAAGCUGAAGCGUGCCACGGUCUCCGCCUUCGGUAAAGGCGUAUACCUCAACCUUCGUGAGUACUACCUGGACAAAAGCACCGGCGAGGCAAAACCCGGCAAGAAGGGCAUCACCCUCACUCUCGAGCAAUGGGAAACGCUUAAAGAGCACGCGGACGAGAUCGACAGGGCGUUC